AGGAAAAGAAGGAUGGUGGUGUGUGAGCUAGAUUAGAUAAUGCAGUGCGCACAGCGCACUAGGGGGUGGUUGGGCCUCUCUUCUCACUGACUACUGCUAGCGGCCGGCGCCAAGCCAAGCGAAGCCGAAGCCCCCUCUCCACUCCACACCAUCCCGGCUUUCUUCGCCACCUACUCCCCCCCUAACUUUUGGAAGGGUGCAGCUGCUGCCCGCUGCAAGAACACUCCAACAAGAAGCAAGCAACGAGGGCACAACAAUCAUGUACUCGAAGUUACGGUCCAGUCUUUUGGAGUCUGCUGCUUGCCUGCCUGUACGUAGAUAAAGACAUGCAUUUAUAUACAUAUACCUGGUUGGAGCUGGUGUGGAAGCAAGGCGUCACCCUUUGGAAAAACCAGACGCACAAGGCUUUCCUGUUGCAACAACCAAUCCACCAUGCCCUCGCGUGCACUGCUCCUGUGUACAACUCUCGCAAGCUACAAAACUGCAAGUUAUUAACGACUUGCCGCUGCUUGUGUUCUUCUUCCAGCCUCUCUGUAACUGUCAGGAUCAUCUGAAACGUAUACUAUUUGUCUGCAACGACAAGUCGGCAGGUACUUGGUUUAAUUUCUGUGAUGGAGUCGGCGAGGUUUCAGUACAGCCCAGACCAACGCGGAGGAGCAGAGGACGAAGAAGAGUGCAGCAGCCAUCUGGAGCUGGAGCUGGAGCUGGAGCUGGAGGUCCCUUGUUUCUUGGACAUCUACGUGCACCACGCGCGCAACAUCCACAACAUCUGCAUCUACGCCAACCAGGACGUGUACGCCAAGUUCGCGCUCACGUCCGCGCCCGACCACGCCCCCGCGCUCUCCACGCGCGUCGCGGCCGGCGGCGGCGCCAGCCCGCGCUUCGACGAGCGCCUCCCGCCGCUGCGCGUCCGCCGCGGGAGGCUCGGCGUCGACGUGCUCAAGUGCGAGGUCUGGAUGCGCAGCUGUGCCAAGCCCCUGCUCGAGGACCAGCUCCUCGGCUUCGCGCUCGUGCCGCUCGCCGCCGUCGCGGCCGCUGAUGGCGCGCGGCUCGCGCAGGACUUUGAGCUCUCGUCCACCGACCUCUUCCACUCGCCCGCCGGCACCAUACGGCUCUCUAUCGCCCUCUACUCAGUGCUUCCCGGCGACGCAUGUCCACCGCCGGAGCGCAGCGCCGAGACGUCGAUCACGUCGGAGGUGGUCAUCCUCGAUCCCGCGCCGCCGGUAGACUACUCGAGGAUCGAAUUCGAUGACCUUAACGUGGCGAAGGAAAACGACGCCAUGGUCGUGCAGUACCUGCCGUUCUUGCACCUCGGGGAGGUGCGGCUGCCGGAGGCCAUGGAGGACUGCGAGAUGAACACGAGCCCGCACGGGGAGAAGACAGCGUCCUCGGACGGAAGCAAGAAUGCUUCGACGACCAGCACGGUCAGCGACGACAGGGUGAUCUCUUCUUCCGCCGAGGUGACGAUAGAGAAGCCACGGCCCGAUGUCGACGAGUCCACGGCGCCCAUGUCCUGCCGCUCGCAGGACACGCCGACGUCCAGAAGCGGGAAGGACGGAAAGGAGAAGGGCGACGUGUUCAAGUCGCCCCUGGGGGACAUCGACAUGGAGGCGGAGCAGAGCGCGAUGCAGCGGCAGAUCAUGGAGAUGUACAUGGAAAGCAUGCGGCAGUUCAGCGAGUCGCUGGCCAAGAUGAAGCUGCCGAUCGAGCUCGGCUGCGGCGACGGGGUCGUCGUCCAGAAGGAGGAGAAUCCUGACAGCGAGGUGAAUCAGCAGCAGCAGCAGCAGGUGAAAAAGGAUGGGGCAAGGGUGUUCUAUGGAAGCAGAGCUUUCUUCUGAACAAAAUUUGCAGAGAGAAAACAAUCUCUUCUUGCAAACGUAUCGAGUUCGACACAGCAUUCAACAUGCAGUUGAAUCAUUACUUAUUAGAUUUUGCUUGGCAAUGAUAUUGUUAACUUAAUUCCUUCAUCGAAAGUACAAAUUGCACAAUAUAGUGGAGAGUAACAGGGUUUUGUUUGGGUAGCUAAUCAGGCAAGAUUAUUUGCUUGGUGAGGUUUCUUCAUGACUACUAGUAGGCUUUCUUCAUAAACUCUGAGAAGCCAGAUAAGUGUGCGAAGUUAAAGCAUUAAUGAACUGUGAGAUGGCAAGAGCUUAAAGCUAUUA